ACAGAAACAUAACCUCCUCCUCCUCAUCAGAUCGCGGCUAUUCCUGACUAGCGCUUUCUGGUCGACCUUCUCACUUGUUCUGUAUGACUUCUUAAAAAUCAUUCUGUUAGUUCUGGUGUGGUGUCGUUAGGAUAAUUGUUUCGCUCUGUUCUUUUCUGCUUAAAUAUUAAUGAUACUGAGGAAUUCAAAAGAUAGCUCCAAUAAUGGUAGCUGUACAAAAACAAAGGUGGUUUUGCUGACACUACCCCACCCUACUCCCAGGGCAUCUCUCCACUUUGGAGUGACCAAGGUAUCGUUGAUAUUUUAAAUAACAUCUGUACAGUGAUAUACAUCCUUACCACGCUGGCCGUACUGCGGCUGCAAGGACCAGUACAGAGCUGUGCCAGGAUAGCAGUACAGAGAUGCCCCUGACAAUUACCUUGGUGCCACUUCUGCAGGCUGAUCUUCUCUGAAGUGCUUUGCUUGAGGCUUUGGAUGCAGGGAUCAGAGCAGCACCGUAGUGGAGUCAGAAGAAGUGGGAUUGAAUGGGGGAGGACUGUCACACGCAGAAUUCCCUUGUUCCUAAGAGCUGAAAAUAGACCACAACAUUUGGUGCUUCAUGUUUCCACUUCAUCCUAUGCCUUGCAUUAACACAACAGUCCUAUUCCUCUUUCUGAGAGUAUUUUUCAGCUGUACAUUCAUCCACUGACAGGAUCUGCACAUCGCUACAGCACACCUCCCGUGUCCUGCACUGGGAAGUGAGAAGAAACUCAGGUCACUUGGAGCAUCCAGGCAUGAACACGUUGGUAUUAGUAAAAUGUGCUUAAACCUAAUACAUGCUUUGAUCUCCUCCCUUCAUUGCCUACCUUGGUAAAUUUUUCUAUGAUGUGUUUACUAUUCUGUGCAUGAAAUAGCAAUGUCUAACCUCUAUGCAAGGUUAGAUAGCAAGGAAUUAAAAAAAGGUCCCAGUAUGUGGAAGAGCUCUUGCUCUGCCAAGUGAAUCUCACACAGGCUGCUCUCAGUGAUGACCAGCUACAAGUUGCGUCAUGUUCUAUGGUUUCCCCUUCUCCCAGUAUUGCCAUGGCUUCACCAACUCCUGCUUCAGGCAGCUGCUGUGUCCAUGUGCCAAGUGCUGGUAAAGGCACAGAAAAAGUAGGCAAUGGAACUGCCUGUCUUAAAAUAAAUGCGAGCUAUUAAGAGGGGAGUCUGCAUGCAGUUAAGCUGUACUGUAGUGUCCUAGAUUGCUGAUCAUCUACCAAGGGGGAAGAAUUCAGUUCAGUUUUAAGUUUUUAAUGACUUUUUUUUUCUUUCCUGCAGAAUCACAGAAUUUCCAAAGUAUGUCACAGGACCAUUUAUUUCUAACCUCAAAGUUAAAACAUUUUCUUCAUCGUGCGCUGACAGGGCUGUGUGGGACCCGGGGAACGCCCCGGAGCUGUGCUGAAACACCCUCUGUGGAACCUCAGCUUUCCUUCUGCUGCAUUCAGCACUGUGAUUUCCCUGCAUCUUUCUAAACCCAAGAACAUCUCACCUCGCGCUGAGAUGUCCGCGUAGAAGUCUCAAGGGGAAAACAUUUAAGGUUGCCACGGAGUAAGAUGGAUGGUAGCUUUGAUUGUGAUUGUGGUGAGCUGGAGCCACCUGAUCAUUAACAGAAGGCAUCUUUUGUAAAUCAAGAGCUGCCAGUUUCCUGUUUAACCAGACUGUAAACAAAGGAGAGGAAAAAGGAGGAAGAAGAAAAAAAAUAGUGCUUACCAGCACCAUAGAAUGACGCUGCUCAGGACCAGUCCAACACUGAAUGUAUCUGCACUGUGAGGAGGAGGAUGUUAAUAGAAGCCUAUUAUGUGCAUAUUUAUUCACAUUUUUGUUAAAUGUUAACCAGUUUAGCACGGUAGAGCUGAGUGCAUAGUAUGUCAUUUCAUUCCGUUUGAGUUUCUUGUGAGUAUUUUCUUUAAUGUCUGCAGAAAUGCUGCACCUUUCUUGAACUAUGAAUGCUGCAAUCUUUCUAUCUUAUGCUCGGUUUGAGUUCUAGAGCUGACGGGCUCUAAAUUCAAGGGGACACAACAGGCCUGGCUGGCUCAUAAUGAAAUGAGAGUGUCAAGAAACCAUCUUGCAGUCGAAGCCAAGUGUUUCUUCUCCCUUUCCGUAAGACCUUUCCUUCAGAUACCAGUGGAAGUGUCUCCGCGUGUUUACAGAAGCUUAGUAGUUUGAGGAAAAAGAAAACGUAAAGAAUUUUAAAAUGGCAGAAAAAUUUGAAAGUCUCAUGAACAUUCAUGGUUUUGAUCUGGGCUCUCGGUAUAUGGACUUAAAACCACUGGGCUGUGGUGGAAAUGGCUUAGUUUUUUCUGCUGUCGACAAUGACUGUGACAAGAGAGUGGCUGUCAAGAAAAUUGUCCUUACGGAUCCCCAGAGUGUUAAACAUGCUCUACGUGAGAUCAAAAUUAUUAGAAGACUUGACCACGAUAACAUUGUCAAAGUAUUUGAAAUCCUUGGUCCUAGUGGAAGCCAGUUAACAGAUGAUGUGGGCUCCCUGACAGAGCUGAACUGUGUUUACAUUGUCCAGGAAUACAUGGAGACGGAUCUGGCUAAUCUGCUAGAGCAAGGCCCUUUACUGGAAGAUCAUGCCAGACUUUUCAUGUACCAGCUGCUACGUGGGCUCAAGUAUAUCCACUCUGCAAAUGUUCUGCAUAGAGAUCUCAAACCAGCUAACCUUUUCAUUAAUACCGAAGACUUGGUGCUGAAGAUUGGGGACUUCGGUCUUGCACGAAUCAUGGAUCCUCAUUAUUCCCACAAGGGCCAUCUUUCUGAAGGAUUGGUUACUAAAUGGUACAGAUCACCCCGGCUUUUACUUUCUCCUAACAACUACACUAAAGCCAUUGACAUGUGGGCUGCAGGUUGCAUCUUUGCUGAAAUGCUGACUGGGAAAACCCUCUUUGCAGGUGCGCAUGAACUUGAACAGAUGCAGUUGAUUCUAGAAUCUAUUCCUGUUGUACAUGAGGAGGACCGUCAGGAGCUUCUCAAUGUAAUUCCAGUUUACAUUAGAAAUGAUAUGACUGAGCCACACAAACCUUUAACUCAGUUGCUUCCAGGCAUCAGUCCUGAAGCACUGGACUUUUUGGAGCAAAUUUUGACAUUUAGUCCCAUGGAUCGAUUGACAGCAGAAGAAGCUUUGUCCCAUCCUUACAUGAGCAUUUAUUCCUUUCCAACGGAUGAGCCUAUUUCAAGUCAUCCUUUUCACAUUGAAGAUGAGGUUGAUGAUAUUCUGCUGAUGGAUGAAAGUCACAGCCAUAUUUAUAAUUGGGAAAGAUACCAUGAAAGUCAGUUUUCAGACCAUGACUGGCCUAUUCAUAAUAACUAUGAAGCUGAUGAAGUUCAGCGUGAUCCAAGGGCUCUUUCUGAUGUUACUGAUGAGGAAGAAGUGCAAGUAGAUCCUCGCAAAUAUUUGGAUGGAGAUCGUGAAAAGUAUCUGGAGGAUCCUGCUUUUGACACCCACUUCUCUACUGAGCCUUGCUGGCAGUAUUCAGAUCACCAUGAAAACAAAUACUGUGAUCUGGAAUGUAGUCACACUUGUAAUUACAAAAUGAGGUCAUCUUCAUACCUAGAUAAUUUAGUUUGGCGAGACAGUGAAGUUAACCAUUACUAUGAGCCCAAGCUUAUUAUAGAUCUUUCAAACUGGAAGGAACAGAGCAAAGAAAAGUCUGAUAAGAAAGGCAAGUCUAAAUGUGAAAAGAAUGGAUUGGUGAAAGCCCAGAUAGCGCUUGAGGAAGCAUCACAGCAACUUGUUGAAAAAGAAAGGGAGAAGAAUCAAGGAUUUGACUUUGAUUCGUUUAUAGCGGAAACCAUUCAGCUUAGUUUACAGCAUGAGCCUACUGAUGUUGAUAAAUUAAAUGACUUGAAUAGCUCGGUGUCUCAGAUGGAGUCGAAAGGAUUAAUAUCGAAGUCGGUAAGCAGAGAGAAGCAGGAGAAGGGAAUGGCCAACUUGGCCCAGUUAGGAGCUCUGUACCAAACUUCUUGGGAGAGUCAGUUUGUAAGUAACGGGGAGGAGUGCUUCCUCAUAGACCAGUUCUGUUGUGAGGUGAGGAAAGACGAACAAGUUGAAAAAGAAAAUACUUACACCAGUUAUUUGGACAAAUUCUUUAGUAAGAAAGAAGAUGCUGAAAUGCUAGAACCUGAGCCAGUAGAAGAGGGGAAGCUUGGGGAGAAGGAGAGAGGAGAGAGCUUUCUCAGUAACAGUGGAGAACUCUUCUUCAACAAGCAGCUUGAGGCUAUAGGUAUUCCUCAGUUUCAUAGCCCCGUCGGUUCACCACUGAAAUCCAUACAGGCCACGCUAACGCCUUCUGCUAUGAAGUCAUCUCCCCAGAUUCCCCACAAAACGUACAGCAGCAUUCUGAAACAUCUAAAUUAAAACACUCAGCAGACAUUUCUUUUAUAUUCAUGAGCUGUGUUUGUCUUUUUUUAUUCCUAGUGUAAGUAAUUUUUUUACUUGAAUCAGACGGUGUAAUUUUGGUAUGGAUUUCAUUAGCUUUCUGUUUACCAUUGUUUUUACAAUCCAGAAUUACUUUCUCUACAUAAGUUAGUUUUGUUUUUAAACUGGCAUGUCGUUUGCACACAAGAUUAAAGAAUAGAGCAAAAUAAUGCAAAAUGCAGGAGGUAACAAGAAAUGCACUAAACCAAGUCAAAGCAAAACCAUUCUCUCGGUAAAACGGUGUCCAUGUUUUGCAGAAAAAAAUAAAAAAAAAAGAAUCUUGCCUUGAAAUUUACACAGUGAGACUGUACAUAAUUGCAUGAGAAGAUCUAUUUUUCCCAAAAGGUUUUUUUUUCAUCCAUGCGUCCGUCGGCGUUGUUCAUACUGUACACAUUUCUUAGACACAUGAUACCAGCAGCAACUGAAACGAAUGCAGAAUUUGGUACGCAUGUGUUAUCUACCUCAAGGUAACAGCAGUAUGUGGCAAAACAUUAACCACCCAUAGUGCUUCUCAUUAUGCACUUCUAUUUAGCCAGCAUUAUUGUAGUAGCUAUUCUUACUGAAAAUCAUUCAAUAUUUAUAAAUGUUCUGGUAUGCAUUCUUUAUAGUGAAGUGUUAAUAUGCAGCACUUUUAUUUAUUUUAGCAAAUAAGUAUAUUUCUGUAAUUAUAGAAAGUCAACUUAAGUUCUGAGUUACGUUUCAGAUAAAAGUUUUUGUUUAGCACUAUGGUUUUAUUGCCUACAUAGCUGGAGAUAUAUUAACAUCAGCUUAUUCUGAGGCUAUCCAAUACAUUUUUUUCUAGUCUUCAUUUCAAGUAAAGCACUCACUGUGUAUAGGAAUUUGUAAUUGGAGGUGCUUGAUCUCUACAAAAGAAAUUAGGAAUCGCUUUAUUAUAAAAUGCUCCUAGAAGUCUUAAUUGUGUUCAUUUCUAAAAAAUUUUGUAAUGUUAGUUGUGUGCAUGGAAACAAUUAAGGUACAACAUUACUGUAGGUUAAAGUUCUAUAUGGUGAGACAUUUUGUUUUUACUGUAUGUUUUUACUGAAUGAUUCCUGCCCCUUUCCCUCCCCCCCCAAAGCAAGCAUGAAUUAAAAUUAGGUUAAAUAUAGCAUGUAGCAUCUCAGUCUUCUGAAAAUUUGUUUUCCCUUCUGAUUUAUUUUUUUUUUUAAUUAAAUACUGGAUGUAUCAUUGGCUCCCCUGUUUAAAACGAAAGACAAAUAAAAACAUGGCCAGCAAAAAAAA